AUGUCCGCCUUCGCAGAUGGGACGGCAGGCCAACGCGCUCGUGGUGGCGGAAAGCGCAACGGCGGCAGGGCUGCCGCGGCCAAGGGCGGUCCCUCGGGCAGGCAGUCGCAGGAUGCGGAUGGGGGCGACGAGGGGGAUCAUGCCGAGCCGGUCACUACCCGUGGUGGCGGAAAGCGCAACGGCGGCAGGGCUGCCGCGGCUAAGGCCGAUCCCUCGGGCAGGCCGGCGCAGGAUGCGGAUGGAGGCGACGAGGGGGAUCAUGCCGAGCCGGAAGCUCGUGGUGGCGGAAAGCGCAACGGCGGCAGGGCUGCCGCGGCCAAGGGCGGUCCCUCGGGCUUGCAGGAUGGGGAUGGGGGCGACGAGGGGGAUCAUGCCGAGCCGGUUACUACCCGUGGUGGCGGAAAGCGCAACGGCGGCAGGGCUGCCGCGGCUAAGGCCGAUCCCUCGGGCAGGCCGGCGCAGGAUGCGGAUGGAGGCGACGAGGGGGAUCAUGCCGAGCCGGAAGCUCGUGGUGGCGGAAAGCGCACCGGUGGCAGGGCUGCCGCGACCAAGGGCGGUCCCUCGGGCUCGCAGGAUGCGGAUGGUGGCGACGAGAACGAUCAUCCCGAGCCGGAAGCUCGUGGUGGCGGCAUGCGCAACGACGGCAGGGCUGCCGCGGCUAAGGACGGUCCCUCGGGCAGGCAGUCGCAGGAUGCGGAUGGUGGCGACGAGAAGGAUCAUGCCGAGCCGGAAGCUCGUGGUGGCGGCAUGCGCAACGACGGCAGGGCUGCCGCGGCUAAGGACGGUCCCUCGGGCAGGCAGUCGCAGGAUGCGGAUGGUGGCGACGAGAAGGAUCAUGCCGAGCCGGAAGCUCGUGGUGGCGGCAUGUGCAACGGCGGCAGGGCUGCCGCGGCUAAGGGCGGUCCCUCGGGCAGGCAGUCGCAGGAUGCGGAUGGUGGCGACGAGAAGGAUCAUGCCGUGCCUGCAUGCCGUGGCGUUAACGAUCAUGAUGAGGACGAGCCAGCAGCAGUGACUGAUGGGAAAGGUGGACGUAAAGCUGUGAUUCCGUACCAACGGCGCAAGGCUGUGGAUCCGGGCAGUUGCGACCAUAAGGCGAGACAAGCUCGGCACGGCCCCAAUGUGCACGUUUCGAGCUCGUCUGGUUCCGAGGAAGAUUCGAGCGACAGUGAGUCGAGCAGCUCAUCCGGGAGUGAGGAGGUAUACGAGGACGAGGAUGAGGAGGAGGAGGACGAGGAUGAUGAGGAGUUGGAGGUGGAGAGCGAGGAUGGGGAGGAGGCCCGGCCUUUGAAGAGGAGGAGUGUGCGGAAGCCCAAGAAGGGCAACGCUAAGCAAAAAUCGGAGAGGGGACGGGUGAAGAGCUGUAAACAGAGUGUGCGUCGUGCCAAACCACAUGGCAAGCGCCAGAGACCUCGAUUCGAAGCUAAAAUUGUGGGUGUGCAUAGCAAGGCGAAGCGGGAGUUGAAUUUUUACGAGUCCAUGGGGAUACGAUGUACAUCAAGCUCUCAUGAUCGGCAAGCCGCGAACCCGUACGCUGCGUUACGCGAUCCGAUGGGUUCGGCUGGGAAGGGAGAUCCGAUGGCUUGGGGGUCAGCGCGGUUUGGCAGGGAAGCGACGGACCCGCCCCCCAACCAUAUGGGGGGUCGCGCGGUUCAUGUGAAAAACGAGGGGGCAACGAAGCGGCACGAAACCUCGGCAGCUGCAGCAGCGAAUGACGGUGUGGGAGGAGGUGUGUGGGCGAAUGCCUUGGGUGAAUGUGGCGGCGGUGUGGAAGGCUCCAUGUGGGAUGUACGGGAGAGCAGGGGAGAAGGGGGGGAUGAGAAAAUGGAUCCGGCGACUAAGGAGGGGAGGGGAGAGAGCAUGGGCACACCUGGCGCAUCCAGUCGGCCGGAUGUGGCUGGCGGCAGGACUGUGGAGCAGCUCAUGCGAGAGCUUGCCCAGCGGGAUCGCGAAAUCGCUGCACUCAAGGCAAGGCCAGGAUCAGAAGGACCUGUCAAGCCCUGCACCCCUCCAUCUAGGCCUCCUCCUCUAGCGUCUCUGUCGAGCGGCCCAUCUGUAGGGGGCCUCGAUCCAGGCGUGGCGCCAGAAAGCCCAGCGACGGUAGACGUACCGGUCUGUCGAACGCGUGGGAUGCCCACACCCAAGCUGCUGAAGUUAUCCAUCCUCCAUUGGCCCCUCUCUCCCAUCCCUUCCCACCCUAAACCAGAGCCUCUGUUCAUGGUGCUGGUGCUGGUGUGGUUGGCACGCGGCGCAAGGAUAGCUCAUUGUAGCAGUUAUCCUUCCUAUCCCUCCCCCCUCUCUCCCAUCCCUCGCCUAGCUCUUCCAGAGCCCCUGUUCCUGGUGCUGGUGGUGGUGUGGGUGUCAUGCGGCGGAGGGAUAGCUAAGAAUAGCAGUUAUCCUUCAUCUCACUUCCCUCUCUCUCCCAUCCCUCCCCUCCCUCUUCGAGAGCCCCUGUUGAUGGUGCUGGGGGUGGUAUGGGUGUCAUGCAGCGGAGGGAUAGCUAAGCAUAGCAGUUUUCCUUCAUCUCACUUCCCUCUCUCUCGCAUCCCUCCCCUCCCUCUGCGAGAGCCCCUGUUCCUGGUGCUGGUGGUGGUGUGGGUGUCAUGCAGCGCAAGGAAUAGAGGAAGCCGUAUCUGUCAACCCCAUGCGGCCCCCUUUCUGUCCGCCGCUCCUCCCUCCCCUCUCUAUCCCGUCCCUCUCCCUCCUCGUCCAGAGCCACUGUAA